CAUCUUACAGUGGUUGGUUUGGGGAUUGCUCUGUAUGCUUUUUUCGGUUGCCAUCAUGUUUAAUAACCACAGACAAACGAUAUAAACUAUGAGAUUGGUAUUGACCCUAGACACUCAGAGAAGCUUCUCAUUUUUGUUGAUUACAUGGAAGGGUCUAUAAGCCAGUGCUAUGGCCUACACAUAAUCUCCCUGUCCAGAAGUAGUAAUUAACAUAAAGCAUUUCUGUUAACCAAUUCAAUGAAGAUUUGGCUAAAUUCUCUUGGAUUAAUCAUUCUAGUCUGAGUUUGCCUCAUUUACUUGGAAAUCGUCCAGCAGGUGUACGUACAGCAACUCCAAGAGAAUGUAGAGCUUUGAGCAUUUUUUUUUUUUUUAGACAGUCUCACUUUGUCGCAGUAGAGGGCCGUAGAGUCAUAGUUCACAGCAAUUUCAAACUCUUGGGCUCCAGCGAUUUUCUCGCCUCAGCCUCCCAAGUAACUGGGACUAAGGCGCCCUCCACAACACCAGGCAAUUUUUAGAGAGGGGGGGUCUCGCUCCUGCUCAGGCUGGUCUUAAACCUGUGAGCUCAGGCAAUCCACCUGCCUCGGGCCUCCCAGAGUACUGGGAUUAUGGGCGUGAGCCACCCGCGCCCGGCCCAGCUUUGAGCAUUUUUAAGACCUCAACUCCUUCUAAAAACAUAACUAAUGAGGUCUUCGAAGAAACCAGACACAGCGGCCUGGUGUCCCAAAAGCUUCGGAAAAGCUGGUAUUUAGUUAAGCAAAAAAUUACUCUUUCACUGUUUAUUUUGGUUCCGGUUUCUUAUCCUCAAAGAGAAACAAAUCGAUUAACAGGACAAAUGACACGAUGGUUAGGCACGGAAGGAAAGGUAUCUUUAACCUCAGUAGCUUGGAGCGCGCUCCCGGCUUACACCCGGAGUUGCCACCUUGCGGAUGGACGACCACCCUCGCCAGGCCACGCUGUGAGGUUUGGAAACCCACCUUUUUGACCUAGGCCCGGGCAACACCCUCUGACUCAACGCUGGGUCCCAAGCCCACUCCCGUUGCGGUCAGGAAGCAGUUUCCGAAACAGGCGACGCGCGGGGGUGGGGGAUCCCUUCCCAGCCCCACCCCUGAAAGUUGCUGGGAGUGGCAGCUGAAGUUCUUUCUCAGAUUGAUCUGUCACCGCUCCAGGAGGUCCGCUCCGGGCCCUCAGCCUUUUCCGCGGGCUUGCCAAGCCCCUCCUUCGCGGCACCUUUAAUGGUUUGGAGAAGGGAGGGUAGGCUGGGAUUGUCUUCUUAAGAAGUCGCACUGGUUUUUCGGACUCCGCUCUGCGUCAGGAGCGCCACAGCAGCCGGAGCGGGCGCUGCCGCCACGGGGCCGGCGGCAGCUUCCCCUCGUGGGGCCGAGGCGCGGGAGGGCGAGACCCCGAGCAAACUUUCUGGUGGCUUCGGCCCGGGGGUGGCGGCGUGCAGAGCUGGCCGGGCGGCUGCGGUGGCGGGCCGCGUCCCCGGGCAGAUCCCCUUCCCGGCAGCAAGUGCCUUCAGCUGGGAGCGUCUGGAGCCCCGGCCCCGAGCGAGCUGUCAUCCACUGGCCCUUUUCUACUCUUCUCAGAAAGGAUCUGCUACAAGACUGGGAGUGUUGACUGCCGGAAGGACCAAGGUGGGAUCUGCGUGCUGCCAUCUGGAAACAGUAGGUGAGAUAGUAACAUCUUUUUGAGAGAAGAGUUGGCUUCCUUUCCUGAAAGUGAUGAGUGUGCAGCAGACAGAUGUGUGAAUGAAGUGAACAAUACGUCUCUGCCUGUUACAUUCUGUAUCAGGAAACAACAGUUCAUUCGAAGAGUUCAUAUGGAUCUUGGACAAAGAAGGAUUUAAGAUAGUUAAAUUUUCCACAAAGAACAAGAACUUCACCAUCUCUUUUUUGAUCUGAAGGCUGGGGCACAAUGGAUAUCAUAGAGACAGCAAAACUGGAAGAACAUCUGGAAAAUCAAACCAGUGACCCUGCCAAUGCUUACACUGGACCACCCGAGCCUGCUGAAGAAGAAAACAAAAAUGGCAGUGGUAAACCUAAGAGCUUAUCUAAUGGGCUGCGAAAAGGUACCAAAAAGUAUCCGGACUACAUCCAAAUUGCUAUGCCUGCUGAACCAAGGAACAAAUUUCCCUUAGAGUGGUGGAAGACGGGCAUUGCCUUCAUAUAUGCGGCCUUCAACCUCGUGCUGACAACCGUCAUGAUUACGGUCGUCCACGAGAGGGUCCCUCCCAAGGAGCUCAGCCCUCCGCUCCCCGACAAGUUUUUUGAUUAUAUUGAUCGGGUGAAAUGGGCAUUUUCUGUAUCAGAAAUAAAUGGGAUUAUUUUAUUUGGCUUAUGGAUCACCCAGUGGCUGUUUCUGAGGUACAAGUCAAUAGUGGGGCGCAGAUUCUUUUUUAUCCUUGGAACUUUAUACCUAUAUCGCUGUAUCACAAUGUAUGUUACUACUCUCCCUGUGCCUGGAAUGCACUUCCAGUGUGCUCCAAAGCUCAAUGGAGACUCUCAGGCAAAAAUACAACGGAUUCUACGGUUGAUUUCUGGUGGUGGAUUGUCCAUAACUGGAUCACAUAUCUUAUGCGGAGAUUUCCUCUUUAGUGGUCACACAGUUUCACUGACACUGACUUAUUUGUUCAUCAAAGAAUAUUCGCCUCGCCACUUCUGGUGGUAUCACUUAACCUGCUGGCUCCUGAGUGCUGCUGGGAUCAUCUGCAUUCUUGUAGCCCAUGAACAUUAUACUGUUGACGUGAUCAUUGCUUAUUAUAUCACAACACGGCUGUUUUGGUGGUAUCAUUCAAUGGCCAAUGAAAAGAACUUGAAGGUUUCUUCACAGACUAAUUUCUUGUCUCGGGCAUGGUGGUUCCCCAUCUUUUAUUUUUUUGAGAAAAAUGUACAAGGCGCAAUUCCUUGCUGCUUCUCAUGGCCACUGUCUUGGCCUCCUGGCUGCUUCAAAUCAUCUUGCAAAAAGUAUUCACGGGUUCAGAAGAUCGGUGAAGAUAAUGAGAAAUCUACCUGAGAAGCAAAACAGGGGCAACAGUUCUUAUACCAAAAGAGUUAACGCUAUAACCAAAGGUAUAGUUUUGUUCCUUUAAUUUUAGGAGAACUGACUGGCAAAUGAAGAAGUGGACCAAAUUUUGUGUAAAUGAUUAGAAAGAUGAACAGAGUAUUACCUUUAACUGGUUUUUUAUUCAUCCUGACAAAGAUAUAUGCUCCUGCAGCUCUUCCUUCAUUGGUGACAAGCCUUCAAACUGGGAUCUUACUAAUGAGCUUGUUAAAGGGUGCCAAAGAACAUAGUACUCCUCUCUUUAUUCUUUCUCCACUAAAACCCUCUACUUCCGAGUUUUUUUCCUCCCAAGGUCAGAAAAAUUUGUUAAUGUUUUAAAUAAAUUAUCUGGA